AUAAAGGAAAAUCUGACUAGUCGGGUGCGUCUUUUUCUACUCGUUAUUCCCACAGGGUAUUCAUGGAUCUCGAUAAGUUCAUGAUUCACUAUCGAUGUUCUCCGUCUUUUCCCUACUAUUUAUAUGACUUGAUUUCAGCAUCCCGAAAUUAAUUGAAUUGAGCAUCGUCAACCAGCACUCUAUCCAGAGUUCUUAUUAUCAUAAACACCAACUAGAUUUUGAUAUUUACUGCUUAUGACACAAUGCUACAAGAUAUCAUUAUAAUCGGCUCCGGCAUCUCCGGCCUCUCUGCAGCUCUCGCAUUCUCUCACUAUCUCACACCACUCAUACCCGACCUACGCAUCACGAUAUUCGAGCUUCAUCCUGUCCCAUCAACGUCCGGAGGCGCUCUCAGUCUUUCUCCCGUUGCAUUAAGAUAUUUCGACCUGUUCGGCGUCUUGGACGAACUAGAAAACUUCGGAGCAGAUUCAGGGAUCGACGUUGAUGCAGUAGAAAUUUUCUCUUCACGAACAGGCAAGGCCCUUUCACAUCUGGAUUUCAGCGGCAAACAUGGGCUGGGAUACGGUGACCCGGAAGAUGGUAAAAGAUACAAGGCUCGUCGAGUGAUGAGAAUCAACUUAUCGUUGGCGAUGAUGGCCGCAGCCGAGAAGAGGGGGAAUAUAAAAAUAGUGUUUGGCAAGAAAUUUGUCAGCGCUGUUCAACUAGAAAACGAAGACCGGAUCGAAGUCCAUUUUCAAGAUGAGUCAAUCGCGACGGGGAAUUUAUUGCUUGGCUGCGACGGUGUUUGGUCUGCCACACGCAGACAUUUCAUAGAUCCUGGUCGCCAGGCUGAAUACACUGGAUUUUCACUUGUCCAGGGUACAGUGAAAACAGCUUGUCUAAGAGCAAAGCCCCAUUUCAGAAACAGCUCUUUGAAUUUAUCUAAAGCCGGGUCAUUACUUGUCACAUUCUAUGAGAAACAACGACAAGAGAUAUUUGCCUCUGCAAUGGUGGAAUGUCGUGAAGAAUCAGCCAAAGAUCACACUGGACUGGGGAAAUGGAAGAAGGAGAUAAUCAACAGAUCCUUAAGGGGGGAGAUGUCGAGUCGAUUUAGCGAAUCGGUUAUCCCCUUUAUCAGAGAAAUUGCUACUUCUACGGAGGUUGAUUGGAUGAUGUAUCCAAUAUAUCAGGUACCUCUCGGCGGGAAUUGGUAUACUCAUCGUGCUAUCCUAUUAGGAGAUGCCGCACAUGCUAUGCUCCCCCGUGAUGAAUCUGCCGCAUAUGCCAUCGACGACACGAUCCUUCUCGCCCGUAUCCUUGCCAAUAACUUGGACUCCCCACUCGAGACAACUUUCCAAAUCUACGAUGCCGCGCGCCGAUCCGACAUCUCCCACGCAUUCAGAGACUCAUUCAAGCUCUGGCAAAAGCGCAACACAGACGCCGGACCCAUCGAGGCAUGGUUCCGAGAACGAUUGAUUCCAUUCCAAAUCCGAAAUAAUCAAAUGUCAUGGAAAGCUGCAUUUGAGUACGAUGCCAACAAGGCACCUAUUCCGGGAGGUUCAAGAGCUUCGACUCCAAUCAAUGGUAGUCUACGACCAAAUUCUAAGAGUCGCUCGUCGUUGUAUUCGCAGGAUACGACGACUUCUAGUGGAGGCGGGAGUGUGAAUAAUAAUCAGUUACGCGAAUUUAGUAGCUGUUCGCAGCCCGAAAUAACCAACAUGAUGAAUAACUUGGUGGUUAUUGAGAAAUGAACAAGAAGCGAUUUUAGAUUCAUACUGCAUGCAAUAAUAGCCGCGAAAUUAUAAUGUAUUAUAAUAUUAUUAAUUUACGUCAAGCUCCGAGACCUGACGCUUGGUGCUUUCAAAUGUUCUCUAAUCAAUUUUUACAUUUAUCAUACAACGCUGGUGCUAGUGACAGAUCUGACGUUGAUGG